CACAAAGCUAUUAAAACGAGUAAACGACCCGCUUAUCAAAUCUCCAUCUUGGGAUCUCAUUAAUCACCAAAUUUCCGCUGUUCACAAUUAUAUAUAUACCCACUUGAUUCAAUCGCCAAUUUAUCUUCAAAAUGGUGGUUUUAGCAGCUGCUAUUAUCAGUAAAUCUGGCAAAGCUCUUGUUUCGAGGCAGUUUGUUGACAUGUCUCGAAUUAGAAUCGAGGGGCUUCUUGCAGCUUUUCCUAAGUUGGUUGGAAGCGGGAAACAACAUACCUAUGUUGAGACAGAGAAUGUGCGCUAUGUGUACCAGCCAAUUGAGACCUUGUAUCUGAUACUUGUGACUAACAAGCAAAGCAAUAUUCUUGAGGAUCUGGAUACACUGAGGCUUCUUUCUAAAGUUGUCCCCGAGUUUUCUCCCUCUCUAGAUGAAGAAGGUGUCACCAAGUAUGCUUUUGAGUUGAUUUUUGCUUUUGAUGAAGCCAUUUCUCUUGGGCACAAAGAGAGUGUAACUGUUGCCCAGGUGAAACAAUACAUUGAGAUGGAGAGUCAUGAAGAGAGAUUGCACAAAUUGGUAUUGCAGAGCAAAAUUAAUGAAACCAAGGAUGUUAUGAAGCGUAAAGCUAAUGAGAUUGAUAAAAGCAAGAUUGAAAGGGGCAAAUUGGAUAAAGGUGGAUUUUCAUCCACUCAAUCAAUGGGUUCGAUGGGUUCAAUUGGAAGAAUGGACAGUGGCUAUGGUAAUGGUAUGGGUAUAUCCAGUGGUAAUAAUUUUGGAAGUGGUACUGGAUUUGGAUUAGGCUCUGAUGUCGAUUCCUUUUCAAACAAGUCUAAAGGUCGUCCAAGUGCAGCUGUUAGUGCUCCAAGUAAAGGGAUAGGUAUGAAGCUUGGCAAAUCACAAAAGGCAAACCAGUUCCUGGAAUCGCUGAAAGCAGAAGGUGAGAAUAUUGUAGAAGAUGUGCGGCCAAGUGUAGCUGCAGGCAGAUCAGCUGCUCCACCACCCACCGACCCUAUCACUCUAACAACUGAAGAAAAGCUCAAUGUGACCUUGAAGAAAGAUGGUGGUGUCACCAACUUUGAUGUGCAGGGCACUUUGUCUCUUCAAGUACUUAACCAGGAUGAUGGGUUCAUCCAAGUUCAGAUUGAGAGUGGGGAUAAUGCAGAAAUUAAAUUCAAGACACAUCCUAACAUCAACAAAGCAUUGUUUUCCAAUGAGAAUAUACUGGGAUCCAAGGAUCCUAACCGUCCAUUCCCUGCUGACCAGUCUGGUGAUGGCCUUGGUCUCCUGAAAUGGAGAUUGCAAAGUAAAGAUGAGGCAGAUGUGCCCCUGAACAUUAAUUGCUGGCCCUCUAUCUCUGGAAAUGAAACUUACGUUAGCAUUGAGUAUGAUGCCUCACCAAUGUUUGAGUUACAAAAUGUCGUUAUUUCUGUUCCUCUUCCGGCACUCAGAGAGGCACCAAAUGUCAAGCAGAUCGAUGGAGAAUGGAGGUAUGACUCCAGAAAUUCGAUAUUGGAGUGGUCGAUACUUCUCAUUGAUGACGCAAACCGCAGUGGUGCGAUGGAGUUUGUUGUUCCUAAUGCUGAUCCGUCAGCGUUUUUCCCCAUUUCUGUCCGGUUCACUGCAGCGUCUACUUUUAGCAACAUGAAGGUUGUGAAUAUUAUCCCCCUAAAAGACGGACCUGCUCCAAAAUUUUCUCAGAGAACACAAUUGGUCACAGAAAGCUACCAAGUUGUUUGAAUAAAGCUGUUCCAUAUGAAAGACAUCCGAUUUUACUGUUAUGCUUGAUAUGAAGUGUCGCUUUUCUGUUACUAUACUAUUAAUGUGUGUUUUAGUUUCUCUCCAAUAGUAGGAAUUAAAUUCGACUCUUCUCUGGCUUCUGGUCUUUUAAUAGCAACUGAGUGGGUAUUCAAGAACAUAAUCAAAGCAGUUGGAUGCUUAUGGCAUUUUGUAGACUAAAUUGAUAUGUAAUAUGAAAUGAAGUUUGUUCC